AUGAGCUCCGCACCGGAGGAGACUAAGAAGACCUGUUGUCGCGACCCGGCCUCCUACCUCGAGCUCCGCAGCGAUCCGCCCAACGUGGCGGGGCGACGGAGCAACGACAUGCUCAGCAGUCAGUACUGGAGAAUCGAGCCCUUGCAGAGCGGCGCAUGGGACGUGAUUCUCAUCCCAGAAGGUCCCGCCCCGGCGGUACACAAUUUGACCUUCGACGUCUUCAGCCAAGGCUCCUCGCGCGGCGGACUGCGGCCCGUGGCCAGCGCCAGCGUGCUGUUGCAUCUCUCUGUGAACAUUCCCGUCGCAGAGACCUCCAGCAUUUUGUGCAUCCCACCUGCACCAUGGCCCGUGGGAGUGGAAGUCACCUGUUCAGUGGUUCCACGGGACGUGCAAGGCAAUGAGAUCACAGGCGGCGAACGGAACGGUGCUGCGAACUCGGGUGAAUGGAAUCGCUAUCAGUUGGUGAACGGAAUGGUUUCCAACUUGUUGUUCCUAGUGGCAGCGGUGACCAGACCGCGGUGA